AUGCGACUUGGGCAGGUUUGGGUCCUGGCGCUGAUGGGGGCAGUAUCACCCUGCAGGAAACUUGAAAAGCUGGGCCUGAAACACAUAGCAGCACAAAAGGCCAGCCGCAUUUUGGAUGUGGAUGCUGGAGGGGAGCUCUCACGCUCGGAGCUCCUUUCCGCGCUGGCCCUGUCGCGCCCGACGCUGCACAUGGAAGACUUUCGUCGCAAGGUGCAGCAGCGCUACCGCAGCAUCGAGGCCAUCUUCCGGGAAUCCUUUGAACACAUGGAGAACGAGGAGCUCAACAAUGACGACGACAUGAGGUUAAGCUGCGACGAGUUCGCUGAGAUAUUGGAAGCCUUGGAUUUCAGCAGGCGUGAGACCAGCUAUUUGUUUUGGCUGGCAGAUGCCAAUGGCACCAAACGGCUAACGCUCUAUGAGUUCUUUCGAGGUGUCAAGCUCUUCGUUCCGAGUUGCAUGGUGGAAGCCUUGCGUUUGCAGGGCUUGGCUCGACACGCGCGCAUCUCGGACCUCUUCCGACACUGCGGCAUCUCCUGGGAGAAACGCCUUGGGCCCAAGGCUUUCGCACAGCUCUUGCAGAAGCUGGAUAUCAAGUGUGAGGACCCUCACGAUGCCUUUGAUUUCCUGGACGUGCGAAGCUGUGGUUCCAUCUCCAUUCGUGAGGUGGUCGCCACGCUCCAAAACGUGAUGCCUGGAACGAAGGAGUUGGGCGGUACGGGCUUGGAACGAUCCACCCUGUGGGAGUGUGACCGCAGGGCUGAGAAGGACGUUAAGAACUACCUGGCACCCUUGCACCAGACGGUCACGGCUUUGAAGACCACCAUGAAGCAAGACAUUGAAGAGGACACGCCGUCGCUGUUGGAGCGGAGCUCUGUAUGCUCCAGGACGGAGCGCCGGCGCAGCAGCAAUCGACUUGCUUUCAACAAAACCGACCUGGGCUUCUAUUUGGCCCAGGAGACGUUCCAAAGGAUCAGUAGCGAUGCCGAGGCGGGAAGCAUGAGCCAACCCAAAGCGACGGACUACUGUGGAGAGAAGACGGUGGCAGAUCUCUGUGGAUAUCUGAAAUCCAGUAGCAGCACCAUGGAGCUCCACGGCAAGUUGUUGUCACAUCACUACAGCAGGACGGAUUGGCACCAGCGCCACAAUCGGAUCAAAGCAGUCCUCGCGCGGAAGAUCUGA